GAGAUAAUUGUUAUGUGAAAGCACAAUCUGGCGAUACACGCUUAUCUUAAUUGGUCAGUGGUGCUAACAGUUCUAGAAAAAAAACAUGGAUAUUUUAAGGUGUUUGGCUGUUUACAGCCUUCUUUAUGGGUGCAACUGUCUUCUUUUGGAUGAAAUUCAGAGAAAAGUUGAUAAAACAUUAACCGUAAGCAAUGGGGACGCAUUUGGUGAUUGGACAACAAUGGAACUAUGCCCUCCAGAAUCCUACGCAAUUGGAUACGAUAUGAAGAUAGAACCAGAUCAACAUAGUGGCGAUGAUACGGCUCUUAACAGUAUCAAACUAAUAUGUGGGUCGAAAGACGGCCAUUACGGUAGUACGGUUACUUCCGGUGAGGGAAGCUGGGGAAGCUGGGUAGGAUCCACGAUGUGUAGUUAUAGCACAAAUCAAACAUAUCUGACAUCAUUUGCUUUGCAAGUAGAAUUAUUACAGCCAGGAGACAGAGACGAUGUUGCAGCAACCUAUGUAAAAUUCUGGUGCAGCGAUUUAGAUUUAAAAUUUGAACACGAAAUAGCUCAUCCACCUGGAUACGGCUUAUUGGGUGUUUAUGGAAAUCAGAGCGAAAAAUGCAAUCCAGGUACGGCAAUAUGUGGACUUCAAACCAAUAUUGAAGCGCCGAUAUUUUUUGGAGAUGACACCGCGCUCAAUAAUGUCAGAUUCUUCUGCUGUCCGUAAAACAAUGACAAAUCAAGAAGAAUACAUAUGAUACAAUCAAUGUCGUCAUUUUUGUUUAGAUAGAUAUGAUUUCAGAUUAAAAUCUUGAAAAUAUAAA